AUGUCAUCAUCUGGAUCAUUUCAUUCCCGCUCCGCUCGCCGCAAUCACGAUGACAAACGCAUCGCCUCUCUGGUCGCUAAGCAGAUAGCGAAAGUUAUUCCCCAAAUUGUUACUGCCAAGACGUCAACCAUCGAGGAAACUUUUCUACUCGCUGCUGAGAUAAACGACAAGCGAGUCAAAGCUGGGUAUUGGGAUAAAGCUUCCAAGAAUCUGCAUCAAGCUACCACCGCUGAAACCGCCGCCACCCCGCAGUCUUCAAAGUCCUCUCGUCGCAAGAGGAAGAACAACAACAACGGUAGCAAAAAUUGCGUUGACACCACUGCUGCCCCGCUUCAAUCAGUACCUUCUCAACCGCAGCCUCAACACCGCCAAGUAGCGGCGCUGCUUAAAAAUGUUGGAGAAAUUUUCAAGAAGUAUACUUCAGGGAAGUUGCCAUUGGCAUUUAAGAGCAUACCGGCAAAACAACAUUGGGAGGAGCUUCUGUAUUUGACAGAACCAGAAAAAUGGUCACCAAAUGCAAUGUAUCAAGCCACCAGAAUUCUUGCUUCUAAUAUGAGUUCUAAGAAAGUGGAACAGUUUUACAAAUUUGUUUUACUUCCUCGUAUUAGACAGGAUAUAAGGAAGAACAAAAAACUUCAUUUUGAAUUAUAUCAAGCUUUGAAAAAGGCUGUGUAUAAACCAGCUGCCUAA